UCGAACAUUCGUUUUCGGAGGCUGAAUGCGGGUCAGAGGGUAAACAGUUUCGAUAAAUUUUUCAUUGAUUUUGUAAAUUUGAUCGAUUGAUGCUCUGAUCGACGCACGAAAAAAUUUUCAAUCGUUUAAAAUGACGGAGCAGCAGAUGGAUUGUGCAUUGGAUUUGAUGAGAAGGUUGCCACCACAGCAGAUUGAAAAGAAUUUAAGUGAUUUAAUAGAUCUGGUGCCACCUCUGUGUGAAGAUCUUUUGUCGUCUGUUGAUCAGCCUUUAAAAAUUGCAAAAGACAAAGAAUCUGGAAAAGAUUAUUUACUUUGUGAUUAUAACAGGGAUGGAGAUUCUUAUAGAUCUCCUUGGAGUAAUACUUAUGAUCCUCCAUUAGAAGAUGGUUCAAUGCCUUCUGAAAGACUUAGAAAGUUGGAGAUAGAUGCAAAUCAUGCAUUUGAUCAAUAUAGGGAACUUUAUUUCGAAGGUGGAGUUUCUUCUGUUUAUCUUUGGGAUUUAGAUCAUGGUUUUGCAGCAGUGAUUCUUAUUAAAAAAGCCGGAGAUGGUUCAAAGAAAAUCAAAGGUUGCUGGGAUUCAAUUCAUGUUGUGGAAGUUCAAGAGAAAUCAAAUGGAAGGAUUGCACAUUACAAGUUAACUUCUACCGCAAUGCUUUGGUUACAGACUAACAAGCAUGGGUCAGGAACAAUGAACCUUGGGGGUAGUCUUACCAGACAGGUUGAGCAGGAUGCUCAAAUAAGUGAAAGCUCCCCACAUAUUGCAAACAUUGGACGUAUGGUUGAAGACAUGGAAAAUAAAAUACGAAAUACCCUGAAUGAGAUUUAUUUUGGAAAAACGAAAGAUAUCGUGAACGGGUUGAGAUCUGUACAAUCUUUAGCUGAUCAGAGACAACAGGCAGCCCUUAGACAGGAUCUUGCUGCUGCUCUUCAAAGGAGAAAUGCCAAUAAUUGAUCCUACGAGGAACAUCAGCUCUCCUUUGAUUCUGAAGAGUGUCAAUAAAAAGAAUUAAGAAACAAAUAAUCAUAAAUGAUGAAAUUCAUAUUCGAAUUGUUGCAGUUACUGUGACAAGAAUUUUGAACAGUUUCCUGUGAUGUGCAGGGUG